AAAGCUCAGUUUCUGCCAAAUCACCGGGAGCAUUCCGAAUGUCAUCUCCAACUUGGCAUCCCUUGUGCUCCUUGAACUAGUGGGCAAUCUAAUUUCAGGCAGUCUUCCUGCAGACAUCAGCUGUUUGACCCGCUUACAGAUUCUGCACCUUGAAUUCAAUCACAUUUCUGGGCCAAUAGACUCCGUCUGCAACUUAGUGCAACUCAAAAGACUAAUUCUCAUUCGCAACCAGUUCAAUGGUUCGAUUCCUCAAGAGCUUGGGAACCUCAGGCAGCUCAAUAGCUUAAACAUUGAACAGAACCGGUUUAAUGGUAGCAUCCCUUCAUCAAUAGGCAACCUGGCUUUGAAUCACUUGGCUCUCAGCGCCAACCAGCUCUCAGGCUCCAUUCCUGACUCUCUCAGUCGCCUGCAGGAGGUCACAUACAUGUAUCUGCACAACAACCGUUUGAGUGGGUCAAUUCCAGCAUCACUGGCAUCACUGCAGAAUCUGGAUACCCUAUUUUUCAGCAUUAACAAGCUGUCAGGAAGCAUACCUGCUUCCCUGGGUGACCUCCUGCUUCUCAAGUACCUGUCUUUCUCAUUCAAUCAAGUGUCUGGAACCAUACCAACAGCUUUCGGAAAGCUCACCAACCUGCUCCACUUGAGCUUCACGGGCAAUCAGAUGUAUGGGGCCGUCCCAAGCGUCCUCAGCAACCUAUCCAAGCUUCGAUCCUUCAAUCUGCAGGACAAUGGCUUCUCAGGACAAGUGGACCACAUCGUGCAACCCAUGAAGAGCAUUGAGAGACUAACCCUGGACCAUAAUCUGUUCACUGGCCGUGUACCCAGCCCCGCCUCGUCCAGCAUCUUAGAGUACAAAAUGAACAACAAUUUCUUCACACACGGGGACGCCAAGUUCAACUGCUCAGCUGCUGCGUGGAGCGCCGAUCUCAACUGCCUCCCCACUGGCCUGCUCAUCUGUGGCCGCGUUCCCUCCUCAAGGUCCCCAGCUGCCUGCGCUGCGUUUUGUGGGUUGGUGGCUGGGUCCACUGCCCCUGUGUGUGGGGGGCGUGGCUACUGCUCUGUAAAUGAGUUCACUGGAAGGGGGGAGUGUGUGUGCGAUCCCAACUACCUGCUUGACAGCACCAACACCAACGCAUGUGUGCCUGGAGCCGUUGGGGGAUCGCUGGCAUCGGCCUCUGCCUAUGUGUCGCUGCAGGGCUCAGCCGCUGUGCUUUCCAACGGCUCCAUUCUUCUCACAGGAGGGGCGCCCAACCAGCAGGGAGCAGCGUUUGCCUCUCCUGCGCUGCGCCUCUUCUACUUCCCCAACAAGCGCUCCCUCUGCGGGAUUGAACUCGCAUUCACCGCUGCCUUCAGCUUUGCCAUGCGUCCAGUUGGCCAAUCAGUGGGUGGAGAGGGCCUUGCGUUUGUGGUGGCAGCAGCUGGUUCUGGCAAGGGGGCGAGUGUGGGGCUGGGAGGGGUGGGGAAGCGGAGUGUGGCGGUGGAGUUUGACUCGGUGCUGAGUGUGAAGCACAGCGACCCCAACGACAACCACGUGGGCGUCAAUGUGGGCGGCUCACCUGUGUCCCUCGCCUCUGCCACGGCCCCUCUCAUCCUCAACGACGCCCACACCAAGCACGCCUGGAUCCACUACGACCCCACCAGUGGCGGCACCCUCCGAGUCUUCCUCUCCUCCGACCCCCGGCAGCCCUUCGGUCCUUUCCUCACAGCAAGCGUGUCUCUCUGCUCCGUGCUUAAGCCCACUGCAUCCGACUCUCUCUUCCUCUUCGGCUUCGUUGCUCUCUCAGGCAGCCAGCCCCAGAGGCACAUCAUCCUGACCUGGCAGUUCACCACAGAGUAA